AAGUGAAGGAACAAUGCGCUGUACUUGACGUGCGGCACUCUGUACGAUUUUGCGCAGCUAUCUAUAGGAAAAGGGGUCGGCGUUUGGCGCUUUGUUUUUGAAUGCGCAGAGGCGCUCGAAAUGGGAUCUACUCGCAUCGUGUUGCAACGCUGCGUUUCGCUAGCUACGGCGGGUUUCGGUUAUAUAGGAUGCUGAGAAACCCACGAACGGGGAGUAUAUAUGUUGUAUGUACUGUGGCAGUCAGUUUGCCCUGCCAUUUCGAUAACUACAACAUCCUGUCACAGCACUACUGCAUAUGUGCUGAGUGUGAUGUAGCUUGUUCAGUGGACGCACUGGCUGGAUGGACUUGACGGGGUGAGGUGGUGUCGUAAUCGGGAAUGUGGGUGCAACAUAUAUAGAACUUCCUCAGGUACCUCGCAGCUCUCGAGAACCCUGCCUUGGCACCUGUGCAGGAU